AUGUCCAAACUAGAUCAUAUACUUGCAUUUGCCGAAGAGAUAGAAUCACGAUCAAUUAGACUAGCUGAUGCUGCUUCUACUUCGAUAGAUUUGAUCAAUCACAUAUCCUACAUUAAUCAACAAUUGAUCCAUCACGAUCAUGAUAUCGAUGAAAUUCGCCAUUUAAUGGAUUUUAAUCAAUCUUGUCUAAUACAGUUGAAUGCAUUGAGUGAUAGGAGCUUUUUUUUGGAGUCCAAUUUGCCUAUUAAUGACCAUAUUACUAAUUUCACCAGUUUUGAGAAUUUGAAUCAUGAAUAUUGUCAUCUACUACUGAAGUUGGAACUGAAUAAUAAUCAGAUUGAUGUAGAUGGUCAUGCAAUGGUGGAGGAUGUCGGUCGAAACCUUCGAGAACUCAAUAUUGAUGAUAGUUAUGCAGAGGAGGAUGAUGUUGAAGAAGAAGAAGCAGAAGAAGCAGAAGAAGCAGAAGAAGCAGAAGAAGCAGAAGAAGAAGCAGAGGAUGGUGGUGACGGCUACAACAAUAAUGAACUACAAUCAACAUCCUCACUCCUUGAACCACCAGAUUUGAAAAAGAUGAUUUCAAUAUCAAACUUGCAACUAAAACCAAUGAGAUGUGCGUCAUCCUCAAGUACAACUGCAACUCCACUGCAACCAAGAUCAAUACAAAAGAAAAAGUCGAGAUAUAGGCUUUCAAGCAUAUACAAUAUUAAUCCAGUAGCACUUGAUGAAGAGUCUGUUGCAUUCCACUCCAAUACAACUUCAUCUGUAUCAUCAUCAUCGCCACCUUCUGAAGAUAGUGAUAAGAUGAUGAAGAAUAGUUUAUCCCAGUCUUUUGAUACCAUUGAAUCACAUUUUUCCAACCAUUCACCAUUGGAGAAAGAAAAUGACCAUUAUGGUGUGACCACCAAGGCUGUGCAUCAUGAUGAAACUGUGAUUAUACGACAGCCAUCGCCAUCGCCAUCACCAUCGUCAUCAACAUUGCAUAAACACACUAGAUCAAAUUCGUUACCCACUUCAUCGUCCACUAAAUCCAUUGACCAAACUGACCUAUUCAAAGAACUAGAUUGUCAUGAUGACUAUUUACGAUUCAAUCGAUUAAAACAUUUCAUCAGUAUAAGCAACUUACCCAAGCGUAGCAAAAUUGCAACCAGUGCAACAACUACUGCUGAAGAGGAUGCAGAGUUAGAUGAUAGUUUGUUCUACCAGGAUUUGGAAAACUCAUUAACUCCAGAACAAUGCUUGGAUAACUGUGAUGUUUGUUCAGUUAUAUCUGAUAUAUCAUAUUAUUCACCCGAAAAACAACAAGCUGGUCACGAAGAACCCAAUGGUGGUGGAAUCAAUUUUGAUUUUGAUACUUACCACUCGUUUUUACGCAAGUCCAAACUAAACUUGAAUGAAGCAUAUCAUAAUGCGUUUCCACAUUUGUAUCGACAACAUCAGGAACAUAAUCAACAAGACGUAAAAGAUGCCUCGGAGCUGCAUCAACAACCUCAUACCCAAGAAGAGAGCCACACCAGUCAUCACUUCAAGAACCCCAUCAACGCAAUAGGAAGCACAAGACCUCAUACAGUGAGUCCUACUUUAGAUACAACUUUCCAACAACAAGAGCCGCAUCCAGUAUCAACCACCUCAGGGUCAUUGCAUAGAUUGUCAUCGCGCAAAUUGCUCACUCAAGUGAUUUCACAAAGUGCCGCAACUGUACAUAACCAAAAUGAAUUUGCAACUCCAUCAACCCUGCCAUUGAAAUCAACAUCGCUACUUGCAUCGUCGCCGCCUUUGCCAAUCAAGUGUAAUAAUGCUUCCUCGCCUAGGGUCGGCCCCAUUGUGUCCAAAUCUGCACCCUCAAUUGCAACAUCUACAUCGUCGUUGGGCUCACCAUCAUCAUCACCGUCAUCGUCAUCAUCACCCUCAUUCACCCACAAUCUUAUCAACUUUAUGUCAAUUGCCAAACCGCAACGUCGCAAACAACAACAACAACAACAACAACAGCAACAACAACACCACCACUUCAGCCGUCAUUACUCGUUGCAUGAGGCCAAUCCAUUUGCACCCGUUGUCGUUACAAAGCCACCGACUCCUGAAAAAAUUCGACAAUUGAAGAAACAAAAACGAUUAAAACGACAUGUGCCAAUACUGGUACCCAAUGAAGCACAAUUGAAACGAAUACCGCGGAGACAACUGGGAACACAAGAAGUUAAAUGCAGUUUCAAUGGCUCUGGCCUCAGUAGAAGUUUUCAAAAUGAGGAUGCGUCUUUUGCCAGAUUGACAAUUUUACGAAACCAAAAGUAUAUCAAUCAUGAUGAAGGUAUGCGUGCCACUUCAUCAAUGUUUAACAACCCUAUAAUUCGUGGUUGUAAUGAAGAUGCAAUACGUGAAGCAUUGAGCGCUAGUUUACUCGAUUGA